CGCGCUCGUUUGUAUGUUAUUUACGCUUUCGAAAGGUAAUGCCGAAAAGAAAACAUCGUUCACCGUCGGGUGACUCAGUUAUGGAACAGUAUUCUAAUAAAGAGCUGCUGUCACGAAUUCUAAAACUCGAAAAAAAGAUCCAUAAAAAGAAACACCGUGACCGCAGUCGCGCUAAGGACAGGCGCUCACGCAGCCCUUCGCAUGCCUCGAGCAGUCAUGGAAGGGUACGUUCCGAAUCUAGAAGCGCGCCAGGGAAUGAGAAUCGGCGUAGCCACGGUCGACCCUCUCGCAGACGCUUCCGUAGCCCUUCGCAUGACUCGAGCAGUCAUGGAAGGUCACCUUCUCGGUCUAUUAUUAGCGCCUCGCGAAUUUCUAGCGAGUACGAAAAAUCACCACGGGCAAGGAACGCUUCCUCACCGGAUAUUCGCAAUCUUAACGACUCGCAUUCUCGCGGUUACAGCACUUGCCGAUCCCCGGGCGGGACGGAGGUUGCAUUAGAUAAGGCAGUACAUUCUCGCAGCAGAAUGUCGCCGUCUAAACAAGCGGCAUUUUCUUCGCAGGACCACAAUUGUCUUAUUAUCGAAAAUGACGAAAAUAUACCAGAGGAGCUUUCAAGCAUCUUGGGGGAGAAUCCUACCAUUGAUACAAAAGGCAGUUUCGCCUUACACGACGCUAUACGUCUGAGGUGGGAUCAUAUCCUAAAACAAGGACUGUCUGACCCCGAGCUCGAUAGAAUCAAAUCCCGGUGCUUGAAAUCGUCGAACUUGAACUUGGAAGCUCCGGUCGUCAAUCCGGAAAUUUCGACAAUUCUUUCUAAACCAAACCUAACCCGAGAUGCGUCACAUUCGAGUUAUCAGAACCAGCUGGGUUUGGCUAUGGCGGAGCUCGGUAGAGCACUGAAUUUGGUUCUAGAGGAGGAAAGUAACAUUCCUAAGCAGGUCAAAAACGACCUCUUACAGAAUUUAAGCGACUCUGGGCGUAUGCUAGCAAGCUUGUUCCAUAACAUAUCUUGCGUACGGCGUACUGUUAUUUAUCCCCUCCUAAACAAAAACAUGAAAGAUUUGACGGAAAAAACCCAGCCCUUCGGAGGUCUGCUGUUUGGACCAGACCUGCCGGAGACCAUAAAAACUGCUAAGCAAUUAGACACAGCCGGAAAAGAAUUGAAAGCGCUCCAGCCUCAAUCGAAGUUCAAGGUCUUGGGCAAUUUCUUUCACAAAAAAGAAGGGGGGCGAUUUUCUUCAUCAGUCCAAGCGGCGCCUCCUUCUUUAAACCGCUAUCGCCCGGUUCGUCGAAUAAGGACCUCGAGGGACACGAAACCAAAAGGGCAAACCUCGAAACAGGACCGGACUCGUUUCCGGCGGAGAUAUUAAUAUCGCACCAAACAUCCACUAGCAUCAGAGCUUACCCUGGCUGCUUACAGAGUCUCAGGGAAGCCUUCACUCUGAUGAAACUGCCUAAAUGCUCAAUUGAAACGAUGAUAAAGUCCUUGUCGGAAUCUACCCU